AUGAUCUCAAAAUUUCAUCUAGAGAAGUGGUACGACGUCGUCCCCUUGGUCCCGAGCGUGCCCUGGGUGGUAGUUGACGCCCCGAUCUCCAAGGCUCUGACCAAGCUGUGGGAGCUGACGGGGCGGCUGCCGUCGUGGGCGUACGUGCACGCCGGCGACGAGCUCGAGCUCGACGUGACGAAGUCCCCGUUCCUGAAGCACGCGUACGACGUUCUGGGGUUCCACAACCUGGAGACGUGCCUGCACCUGCUCGACGGCCGCGACGGCGCCGCCGGCGCGUUCCGGCCCGGCGCGCGCCGGGACCGGGCGCUGGUAAACAAGACCUCCGGCAUGCUGCGCGACGAGGCGCGCAUCCCUGCGUGGUGGUACUUGCCGGCUAACAAGGGGCUCGUGCGCGACGCGCUCGGCCGGUGGGUGGUGGCGGAGCGGGAGCACGACGACCUGCCGAUGCCGGACGACCGGUUGCCGCUGUCAGAGCUUCACUGA